AUGAGCAGAUCAGUUCUCUUAGAGGAGCUUGUUCAUCAGGUGGGAGCCUGCUUCCAUUUUCACAUAACUACUGACUCUGGACAGACCAGCAGCUACUAUGUGGACCUGACUGAAGGAGCAUUAGCAGUAAAGAGAGAGUGUGCAAUAGCCCGCUGGAAUGUGACGUUGGCUCGUCUGGAUCAGUCUCUGUCUUCACUGAAAAAUCUGCUGCAGGUCAAGGUAACUCACUCAGGCAGAGCACCACAAAACACUACUGUCCGGGAAAAAGUUGGAAUCUACCUGUACGAUAGUGUGUACAUCAUCAAGCCUGAAGACGGUGCUAUCCUGUUCAAAGCAGAGGGUCAUCAUCGCAAUAGAAUCAAUGUAGACGCAUGGACCGCCUACAGGGACUACAGGAACCGAAAAUAUGGCGUCCUGCUAAAAGAAGGGAAGGCCUGGAAGUUUGAUAGGAUGAUUCUAAACAAGGAACUGCUUUUGCCGAAGGUGCAGGGGACUUUUGUGCCUCUCCUGGAUAAGGUCGGGCAGGACUUUGUGGCUCGUGUCAACAAACAGAUUGAGAGGAGUGGACAAUAUCAGUGGACCACUGAUCUCACCCAUGAACUCUUCAAGUUUGCACUGGAAUGUCCGGUAAAACGUGAACGUGCCUUUCCCUUCAAACUUAGCAGAGUGCGAGUGUGUGUGGGGGUGAUCAUGACUGAAGAUGAGUUACAUCCUGUACCAAUGAGUCUUCCAAGGUUCAUCACUGAAGAUACUGUCAUACAAAAUUACCACAUUCCAGCAGGGACUUUAGUUCAGCUGGGUGUCUACGCUAUGGGUCGUGAUCAUCAGUUCUUCCCUAACCCAAAGCAGUACUGUCCUACUCGCUGGAUCAAUUCUAAGAGACAGUACUUCAGGAGCCUGGGCUUCGGCUUUGGUCCCCGCCAGUGUGUGGGUCGCAGGAUUGCAGAGGCAGAAAUGCAGAUCUUCCUUAUUAACAUGCUGGAGAAUUUCAGGUUUGAGAAGCAGAAGCAGAUUGAGGUCGGGAGCAAGUUCGAGCUCCUUUUAAUGCCAGAGAAGCCCAUCAUGCUAACCAUCAAACCACUGAACGGCAGCAGAUAG